AUGUCGGCAUCUCUCUGCCCCCACAGGGUACUUCUGGGUCAUUCUCUGUCUCCAUCCAUCCUCUCUAUUACCUCCCUCCGACGUCGUGAACAACUUCUCACCUCUCGCCGUCACGCUCAUUCCUCAUCCAGCAAAACACACACACGUCCUUCAUCCUCCGCUCAGCCUGUGACGUCCACCGUUCCUUCCACCACUACAACUGCAACCACCUCCCUAGCCAACGAUGUGAAUCCACCGCCGAGUACCCGCCCAGCGGAUCUGAAUCUUCCCAACCCCAUUGUGCCCUCCGCCGCAGCGACAGAGAAACUCAAGCGCUUCAUCUCCAUGGGUCGUGCCUAUCUUUCCUUCUACAAGACGGGCCUGAAGAACGUCUACCAUAACUACCGCGCCUCCAUCCCUCUACGUUCCUCCCUCGGCAUCAACCCGUACCUACCCAUCUCACCUCCCCCGCCGACCAAGCACGGCAAGGCCUUCGCCGCGUUCGACAACGCCGUCCGCACGCUCCCUCUCAGCCGGUCCAAUUUCCAACUAAUCCGACGCGCCGCCUAUGACUUCCGUCGCAUGGUCCCCUUCACCCUUAUGCUCAUCGUCUGCGGCGAAUUGACCCCCCUGGUCAUCCUCGCCCUGGGCAGUGCCAUCGUGCCAUUCACCUGCCGCAUUCCGCGCCAGGUCGAGAAGGAUCGCGCGUUGCAUAUAGCCCGCAAGCGCGCCGCGAUGACCGCGCACGAGCUCGCCGCCACGGGCUUCUUGACUCCCGUCGCAGUGGGGUCCGAGCAGGAGCUGGAUCUCUUGGUCCGUAUGUAUGCGCAUCCCGCCUGGAUCGAAACCGCCUCGGCCGAGGAGAUCCUACGCGCCUGCGCCGCCUUGGGUCUGGUGAAGUCCCAUACCCGGCCGGUCGCGUUGGUCUCCCUCCUCUAUCGGGAUCGACUGCGACGGUAUGCCGAGUACUUGAAUCUGGAUGAUCGCUUGAUAAGGAAAUGUGGCGGCGUCAAGGAAUUGGAGGCAGCGGAGGUCCGUAUCGCGGUAGAGGAACGUGGCGGAGUGGGAAUCGCCCAGGAUAGCGAGGGUUGGGAUGCCGAGAGAGUGGAGAGACGUUGGUUGGAAAGAUGGUUGGAACGGAGAGUUAAACAAUAG